UUAUCAGGAUGAGAGMUUCAGGCUCUGAGGAGCUCCUCCACAUCCAGAGGAACCAGUUGAGUCAUGUCCAGCUGUGAGGUGUUCUUGGGGGAGACUCAGGACUCUCUGACCUGCUGGAGACUCCAGAGCCGAGACUUUCUGCUGCUUCCUUCAUUUGCAGUUUGGGUUCCACCAUCAAACACAGGUGGAAACCUGUGAGGAACACUUUGAUGCUGAUCGUCACGGCUCUGAUCCAACAUGUCGUCCUGUUCGCCUGCUUUAAACUGACAUCUUUCAGAACCAGAACCAGUACCUGCCAACAUGCUCAUCUAAAUGAUAAACGGUACUGAACUGAUAGAGAGCUUUUCAAGUCCCUCCGGACCCCAAAGCUCUUCACACUAACAGACAUUCACCCAUUCACACACGUUCACACACUGAUGAUGGUAAGCUACACUGUAGCGUUUGAUCCAAAGAACAAACACUAAAGUUUAGCCUCUGCUCAUCCUGACUGAUGACGUAAUAAAGUCCAGCUGAUUGAGAUAGAGUCGCAGCGAUGGCCGCCGUCACCUCCUCAGAGAAGCACCAGCCGCUCCUGCAGCUCCAGGAGGUGGACUCCAGCCGUGUCGCCGCUCACAUCCUGUCCCCGGUCCUCAGCUCGUCCCCGGGUCUGUCCCAGGACACCAGCCAGCCCAUCUGCAUCCCGGCGCCGUACACGGACCUGGGCCACGACUUCUCGGCCCUGUCCUUCUACAGCCCCACCAUCUUCAGCUACGCUGGUCCCAGCAUGUCCGAGCGGCCCGCCGUCUGCCAGUCGCUCAGCGCCUCUCUGUUCUGGCCCGGUCCCGGGCACGUGGGGGGGUCCAUACCCCUGCACUGCCCCCAGACCCGAGGCCAGCAGCACCACCAGCCGGUUCAGGGUCCGUGGGACAGCGUCCUGAGCAGCAGUAAGAGUGCCAGGAGGAGCUCCCAGGAGAGCGAGGAGGCCGUGGUGUCGUCAGGAGGGAAGGCCGACCUCCAUUACUGCGCCGUGUGUCACGACUACGCCUCAGGCUAUCACUACGGGGUGUGGUCCUGUGAGGGCUGCAAGGCCUUCUUCAAGAGGAGCAUCCAAGGACACAAUGACUACAUCUGCCCGGCAACCAAUCAGUGCACCAUCGACAAAAACCGCCGCAAGAGCUGCCAGGCCUGCCGCCUCCGCAAAUGCUACGAAGUUGGCAUGACCAAAUGUGGCCUUCGUAAAGAGCGUGGGAACUACCGGAGCCCUCUGGCCAGGCGGGUGACCCGUCUGUCCUCACAGGGCAGGAUAAACAGACCAAAGAUGCUAACUGGACCAGCGGAGGCCUCGCUGAUGGAGCCGACCCCUCCGGUGAUGCCCCCGGAGCAGCUGAUCCAGAGAAUAAUGGAGGCGGAGCCACCGGAGAUCUACCUCAUGAAGGACAUGAAGAGGCCGCUGACCGAGGCAGACGUGAUGAUGUCACUCACCAACCUGGCCGACAAGGAGCUGGUCCACAUGAUCAGCUGGGCCAAGAAGAUUCCAGGCUUCAUGGAGCUCAGUCUCCUGGACCAGGUCCACCUGCUGGAGUGCUGCUGGCUGGAGGUGCUGAUGAUGGGACUGAUGUGGAGGUCCGUGGAGCAUCCAGGGAAACUGGUCUUCUCUCCUGACCUCAGCCUCAGCAGACAUGUGCCUCAGCUCGUCUGAGGGCAGCGAGGAGCUUCAGAGUCGCUCCAAACUGCUGCGUCUGCUGGACGCUGUGACCGACGCCCUGGUGUGGGCCAUCGCCAAGACUGGCCUGACCUUCCGCCAGCAGUACACUCGACUGGCCCACCUGCUGAUGCUGCUGUCGCACAUCCGCCACGUCAGCAACAAAGGCAUGGACCACCUGCACUGCAUGAAGAUGAAGAACGUGGUGCCUGUGUACGACCUGCUGCUGGAGAUGCUGGACGCUCACAUCAUGCACAGCUCUCGCCUGCCUCGCCGCCCCUCCAAGCCGGACCCCACGGAUCAGCCGGAGAGCAGCGCCGCAGGACCCUCCAGCACCUGGACUCCCAGCAGCGUGGCAGCAGGAUCUGCAGCCCAGAGCUCAGAUUAGACCUGUUAACGGAUGAGGAGGUCAGGCCUCAGGGUGGGACAGACUGAACCCUCAGAGGACCCUCAACAUCACUGAACUGUUCUGUAAACUUUACAUCUAAUACUCCUUCAUGCUUUAUUUACCUGUUAGACGUAGAUAUUUCUGCAGAAAAGACCACACUUUAUAUUUGACUUCAACAUUCAGACACUUCUGAGUCUUAUGGAGGUAAAUUUGUGUUUUUAUGAUUCAAUCAAACAAAAUAAUUUCAAUCAAAAUUAAUAUUUUCAACCAAA